AUGGAUGUCGAAGGAGAAGAUGUAUCUAGGAAACUUCACGUCAAGUUUGUAACUAAGCUUGACUCUCCGUUCAAAGUUCCGGCCACCUCCGUCGUUAUCCCUUCCGAUGUCACUCGUCUCGGUCUAUCUUCCAUAGUCAAUUCUCUUCUCGAUUCCGAGAAACCUGAGCCAUUUGACUUCUUGAUCGAUGGGGAGCUUAUUCGAAUGUCACUCGAAGAGUUUCUUAUGGCGAAGGGAAUAUCAGCGGAACGAACUCUUGAAAUUGAAUACAUAAGGGCUGUAACACCACGGAAGGAGGAAGAACCCUCGUUGCAUGAUGACUGGGUCAGUGCAGUGAAUGGUUCUUCUCCCAGGUUCAUUUUGACUGGCUGCUAUGAUGGAUUAGGAAGGAUAUGGAGCUCUGCUGGAUCAUGUACACACAUUUUAGAAGGCCACACUGGGGCAAUUUCCUCUAUUGCUUUAGUUAACUCCAAUGGUGCAGAAAGUGUUUCCGCAGCCACUGCUUCGAAAGAUAGGACAUUGAGAUUGUUCAAGUUUGAUACAGCUGAAUCUGUUGACUCUACUACAAAAGUUAGGGCUUACAAGAUAUUGCGUGGGCACAAGGCGUCAGUGCAAAGUGUUGCAGCUCAGAAUUCUGGGAACAUGGUUUGUUCGGGUUCAUGGGAUUGCACCAUCAAUUUAUGGCACACAAAUGAGUCUACUUCUGAAGGGGAGUCAGUAUCAGUGAAGAAAAGAAAAGGGAAUAAUCAGAUCGAGGAAUCUCAGUCAGAGGGAGAAGCGGUGACUACAUUAGUUGGACACACACAGUGUGUCUCAUCAGUUGUUUGGCCAGAGCAUGAUGUAAUUUAUUCCUCUUCAUGGGACCAUUCUGUAAAGUGUUGGGAUGUUGAGACAGGGAAAGAUUCUUUGAACUUGUUCUGUGGAAAAGCUCUCAACACGGUAGAUGUAGGCGGUGAAGGUUCUGCACUAAUAGCUGGUGGUGGCUCAGAUCCAGUCCUUAGAGUCUGGGAUCCUCGUAAGCCAGGAACAUCCGCUCCCGUGUUUCAAUUCUCUUCACACUCAUCAUGGAUUUCUGCCUGUAAAUGGCACAAAAGCUCUUGGUUUCACUUGCUCUCCGCUUCCUAUGAUGGCAAAAUCAUGCUCUGGGAUCUCAGAACCGCUUGGCCUUUGUCAGUUAUCGACACUCACAAGGAUAAGAUUUUGAUGGAUCUAAUAUUGUCUUUUGGACAGAGAUCAGCUGAUGAUUUGGUUAAAUGUUUAAUGCCUGGUAAAGGAAUUGAAGAAGGUUUCUGCGAUUUAUCUGAAUUUCAAGAUUUAUUUAGUGUAGGCCAAGUCGUUGAUUUAGAUACUGCAGAGAGUGGAGCAACCUUGCCUUCCAAUCUGAAGAACUUUAAGGCUCAACUUCAAGUGCCAAGCCACGGAGCUGCGUUCUCGGGAAAUCUGUAUGUGAAUUAUCAAAAUGCUUCCGUGCUUGAUCAACAGUAUAUGCAAGGGAUGCAAAAUCAACAGGGGUUGUUCUGGGAAAGCUUAGGUGAUAACCAACAAAACUAUAUAAGCUCAGGUGCUUCGUCGGUUUUCAAGUUUCAGCAAGAUAAUGAUUCUGUUGGUAGUCCAACUCUGACAACAAAUUCUGAAAGGUCUGAGAUAACUGAAGCUUCUAGUGGUGAUUUCUGUUUCCAAAGAAGGCUUCAAGAGAAUUUCGCUGUCCAGCAGCAAAUAUUUCCACAACAUAUCCCUAUGCAGCAGUCUGGUUACGAUGAGAUGCAGUUGUUGCAGCAGCAGGUGAUGCUCAAGCAACUACAUGCUCUUCAAAGCCAGCAACAGCUUCAACAGCAGAACUUUUUAAACCCGUAUUCAUCAACAGUCCAGAAGCAAGUUAAUAAUAGUGGGCAGUUUCCACCUCUGGUUGAUGAAAUGCCUCUAAAUGAUACAUCACAAGGGUAUAUAAACUGGGCGCAGAGGAGUGCAUCCCCGGGUCAACAAGGAACGUUCAAUAGAACAAUGUUCUCGAUGGGUCUUGGUUCCCAGCAGCUUGAUAUCUCUCUAUACGGUACUCCCGUUUCUAAUGCAAGAGGCAAUAUGGGUCAACAGCCUCCCAUCCAAGUCAUGUAUCAGGAACCUGGCAGUCUAGCAGCUAGGCCUCUCAGUGGUCAAUCACAGAAACCUUUGAUGCAGUUAUCGGAUUUUAAUAACCCCUUCCUUAAAAGUCAGUAUGAUUUAUCUCCAGCGCAGGCAUCUCUUCAACAGGGAGCAUUUAUGUCAAAUCUUGGGGUUACAGGGAGAGGUAUAUCUGAGGCAGGUUCUGUUAACGGUUUGAAUAAUGGAAUACUCUCCGGCAAUCUCCUCAUGGGAAACUCUCAACAAUUCGACACUUCUUCAAAAGAUUCCAGUGGGAGGCCGGGGGAGCAAGCGGGUUGGUCUUCGUUUCAGCAGAAGGAUACAAAAGUAACUCAGGGUUUAGUUCCUCUUGACCCACUAGAAGAGAAGAUUCUAUUCAAUAUGGAAGAUAGUAGCAUUUCUGAGAUUGCUUCUGGAGUAUUCGGUGACAAAUUUGACAGUGUGAAUUUCUCCAGCCCUUUCCCAUCUAUGCAGAGUGGGAGCUGGAGUGCGCUUAUGCAGACUGCCGUUGCAGAAGCUUCUAGCAGUGAUACUGGUCUCCAGGAGGAGUUUAGCGGCUUAACAUAUCAGAACAUGGAACUAUCUGCGGACAAUAACAAUGUAUCCAAUUUUAUGGAUAGUGAUAAGCAGCAGGCUGGUGGUGUGAAUAAUAAUUCCUUACAAGGCUCUGCGUCGUUAAACUCUAGCUUUCCUGGGUUUCAGCUGCCGUCAGAUCAACUGAGAUCANGUAUGUUUCAGGAUGGAAGUACUCCUGAUUCCACUCAGAGGUUUUCGAAUGCGACUGGUCAUUGGGUGGAUUGUAAUCCUCAGCAGAAGCUACCCAGAGGAAAUCAACAGGUGCAGUCAGGUGUGUCUUUUGAUAAUUUAUCUACAGGUAAUAUGUAUGUGCAGUCCUCAGGGAUGCUUGAUCAGCUACAAUCUCAGACAGGCAAUCAUCGCUUCAGUACAGCUGAUUCGUCUGCAAGUCAUGUAAACAUGCCUUCACUUGACCCUUCUCAAGGUGGAAACUGGUUGAAUGACCCCGGUCAUCUUGGUAAAGCGGGGAUAUUCCCGCAGUUCAUACAACAGAAUGAUUCGCCUGCAGUCUCUCUAUCCCAAAUGCAGACGAUCAAUCCAUAUGUAGAAUCUCAACCUGACAAUGCAACAUUUCCAAGAGUUAAUUUGGAUGCUGGCCUUGGAGGUCACAUCUCCAGUCAAUCUAGAUCACCCCAACAAGGUACCAAUCGGCAGUUUAAUGUGUGGAUGGACUUACCAACUCGUCAAAAUCCUUUGGAUCAAGAUUCACCCAAGGUUCCUUUGAAUACAACACCAUCUGGUGAGAUGUUGGGAAAUGAUGUCAUGACCUGGCAAAAGCCCCAACAGAUGUCAUAUAAUAUGCCACAGAGGGUCGGUUUGCCUCAAAAGCAGGGAGCUGCUGCUAAGAAUAUCUCUGAUUUUACUGCCUCCAACAGAGAAUUUAGCAAAAUGCAUGGGGAGAAUAACAUGGUUUUUGGUACAAGCUCGAAGUUAUAUGAACAAAACUACGGACUCAAAAUGCCAAUGGAUAGUGGAAUGAGCUCAAUGUCACAGCUUAAGUCAUUUGCGUUCGAUGAACGAAAGAUGGAACAAAAUGUGUGUUCCAGUGGGAAGCAGCCCAGUGGCAGCAAUGCCAUAGCAAGUGGCAUGGAACAUAGCCAUCUUAAUCUUCCCGUGUCAGCACCUGUGUGGUUCAAGCAGAUGGAAGCCUUUAGAAAUGACCAGAUCCAACCUGCAGUUGACUCUCAAGAGACUCACUAUCAGUUGCCUCAGCAUUCUAAGACAAUGAACAAACUGACAGAGAUCAUCACACCAAAGAAACGCAAACUUAUGAGAACCAAGCGGUUGGCUUGGUAUGAAGAAGUCUCUAAUGCAUCCCAAAGGGAUCACACAAUGAGCAGGGCAGAACAAGAAUGGGCCAGAGUUGCUAACCUGGUAGUUGAGAAGGUCGAGUAUGAUACUCAGACCUUUGAGUUUGCACCGCCAUUACACCGUUCAAAGAGAAGACUUGUUAUAACGUCACAGCUUAUGCAGCAGCUACUUGAUCCUCCACCCUCGUUCAUUUUCUUUUCAGCUGCUUCAUCAACAUUCGAGACACUUUUGUUCUUCGUUGCUAGAGCAACCCUAGGUGAUGCUUGUAGCCUUACCCACAAGGUAGAAAGAGCAUUGCCAGCAUCGUCAAACGAGGAUGAGAAGGUACCGGAAAAGGUUGGGAACUUAAAGAGAAGGGAUGUGCAACAUUCUGAAGUUGCUAAAACAUUAACAGAGAAAGCGAAGAAACUGGGGGAAAGCUUUGAAAGACUGGAGAAAAUGCCAUCAAUGGCAGACAUAAGAUUUGAAAUUGCGGAUUUGGAAAGAUUCUCUGUUAUCAACCGUUUCGCGAGGUUUCACAGCAAGGGCCCGGUCGAUAACAACUCUGGAAAUCGUUUAGAGUCCACCCUUCUAAAACCAAUACCAGAGAGAUACAUUGCAGUGGGGCCCAUGCCGCGGAAUCUACCAGAGGGAGUACAAUGCAUUUCGCUUUGA